GGGUGUUUGUGUGUGUAUAGCGUGGGUAUGGCAUGCUCUGGGGCUGUGCUGGACGGUCCCCCGGCGUUCCCUGCCACUCGUGGGUUGCUCGUUCUUAUUGCAGUGGUUCUUGACCCUCUGCCACUGACUGUCCUCUGCUUUCCUUUCCCCCAGCAAGGAGAGCUGAACUCCUUCCUCUGGACCAUCCGCCGCGACCCCCCCGCCUAUCUCUUCGGCACCAUCCACGUGCCCUACACGCGGGUGUGGGAUUUCAUCCCCGAUAACUCUAAGGCCGCUUUCCACGCCAGCUCCAGCGUCUACUUCGAGCUGGAUCUCACCGAUCCCUACACCAUCUCGGGGCUGGCCAGCUGCCAGAUGCUGCCCCACGGGGAGAACCUGCAGGAUGUGCUGCCCCGUGAGCUUUACCGCCGCCUCAAACGCCACCUGGACUACAUCAAGCUGAUGCUACCCCACUGGAUGACCCCGGACCAGCGGGGCAAAGGGCUCUAUGCUGACUACCUCUUCAACGCCAUCGCCGGCAACUGGGAGCGCAAGAGGCCCGUCUGGGUGAUGCUGAUGGUGAACUCCUUGACAGAGACCGACAUCCGCUCCCGAGGAGUGCCGGUGCUUGAUCUCUACCUCGCCCAGGAGGCUGAGAGGAUGAAGAAGACGACGGGCGCGGUGGAGAGGGUGGAGGAGCAGUGUCACCCGCUGAACGGGCUCAACUUCUCUCAGGUAAGGAGGCUUCUGGGCCUCGUGGGUUGUUCCAGGCGGUUGGAGCCACUCUCCUAUUUCAGCUGCUUUACUGAGGUGAACCUGAAACCUGUUGCGGUGAGGUGUGUUGCGGUGUGGGCCUUUGCAUUGGGCUGCUGGAUCUCCGUCGUGCUGCCUGCAGAGAGCUGUGAUGUGCACAGCAAGCUCUGUGCAUCUAUCAUGUGUAUUAUUUAUUGGAGAGGCAAAUGUGCAGGGUGUGAAUGUGUGUGUCUGCUGGCUUGUCACUUGCGAGGGAAGCUUCCGCGCCUCUCCUCAGUUGACGGAGUUGAGUAAAAAGUGCUUUUUUGUUUGUUUGUUUUUAAAUAAGGCAGCUCUGCGGUGCUUGUCACGAAGAGGAUAAAGCAUGAACAAUGGAAAUAGAAAUUCAGCAAUUGUUAAAUAGAUUUAAGUAUGUGCAAACUGUCGGUUGUCUUUUAAUAGUUACUGCGGGUCAGAAGAAAUGGGCACAUGUUGUCCUUGUGGUCUAUGGGAAAUUAAAUGCUCAAGCUGUAUGGACUUUUUUCAUUUUAGAACAGGUAAAGUUCAGAAAAAAGGAAAAGGAUGUAGAUUAAGAAACAAAAGUUAUUGGUGUAACUGGAGUCCAGAAUUUUUUUAGUGGAUUUAGCUUUAAACAACCAAAUACUAAGCCAUAAGGUCUAUUUCAUUUCAGUGGAUUAAUCAGGAACACAGGCACGGCUAUUGACUUUGCUUUGUGAAACUGUUUAUACGAAAUCAGAUUUACUAGAAAUUCAGGAAAUGAAUGUGUGUGGAAGAAAACAAAUAAUCCAGAGGAAAUUUAAAAUGGUGUCAGUUACGGUUACAGUUUUUCAUUUUUAACCUUCCUUUCAGCAUUAAUUUUAAAUCAGUUCUUUCCAGCUGUAACUUACUGUCCUAGUUUGAGCAAAAGAAUUCUUGGUGAUGUGCAAGUAAGGAUUAAAGACUGAUCUUUGGUGUGAUUAAAUGUCCUUAGAGUGCCUUCUCCCCUAUAGUGGGGACUCUCUGAAGAGUCCAGCUUACACUUACAUAUGAUUCAUCUGGUGUUCUCAGCUAGGGGACUAACUCUGCCUGUGGACUGCAUAGGAGAAGAUUGGUUGCGUACAGUUUUGGGGUAAUUACAAGAAGGAUAAAAAAAAUCUAAAAAGCCCCCUGAGUGUUGGAAUGGUUUGCAUGCGUGCAAAGCAAGGAAUUUGUUUUACUUUAUUCUGUUUAAAAGGUGUAAGUGCCUAUCCUUGCUUCUGAACUCCUUCUUCAAGGUGAGGUAAAAAUAAUUAACCACUGCAAACACCCAGUAGCAUGUGGUUGUAUAGGUCAGAAAUGGAAGUUAGAACCAAGCAAGUGAAAGCACUUGGUUAAAGAUGUACCUUUUGGAAAACUUCUAGAAAUGAAUCAUAUUGCACUCUUUUUAGAUGAGAGAGCAGUGAGAGGGACAGGAAAAGGGAGAGAGUAUCACACUCAACUGCUGAUCUCACCAUAACUUUGUUUUACUCUCACUUGCUAUGUUUUAAGCAGAAACAGAAGUUUCCCCUUCAUUUUAAUAGACUAGAAAAGAACGGCCAAACUAUCAGUGCCGCCAGCAAAUAAAGGCAAAUUAUCUAUGCAAAAAAGUUUGUGUCGAUACAAAAAAUUACGUUGUAAUUAUUGCAGAGAAUUGACGUUGCUACUUCUGCACAUUGGCGUUCUGGGGAAUUUUUCAUAGACAGAAGCUUUUUCUGGGAACAAGGCCACCAGAACACCAUGAGACAACGUUAAGCAAAACCACCCAGUUAUUUAUUUUCUCACUUCCUCGAGAUUUCAUGCAUCCUGACACCUGGCUGCUUGGUUAACAAUAGUAAUUUGUAAAGUUAUCAUGCUGUCUGGCAGUCCUACUGCUCGGUGUAUUACUGUGCUAAUUUAGUGGAGUGGAUUGCUAUUGCUAGGUUUCACCUCCUAAUUCCACAUCUUAGAGCCUUCCUUAAGCAACACAUAAUUAAAACACACUAAAAUGGAAAUCAGAAAUUGAGCAGCUUUUGUCUUGUAGGGUGUUUGCACAGUUUGAUGGGAACAGCUGUGAUAAAUUACGGUCCUGAAUCUGCUAAGGGCAUCAGCAGUUUUUACCUGUCUUCAGCAUUACUGUUACAGGGAUACUGCUUGUAAUUCCAGCAUUUAGAGUUCAGGUUUUAAAAUGGAGCCUUGCUGAACCGUGUCACUGCUUUUGUUUCCCCCAUCCCCAAAGUCCAGUAUUUUUGCCCUUAGCAAAUUAAAGAAGAAAAAGGCUUUUUUACUUCUCCCCCUCAAAGGCAGCUUUGUGCUACUGCAAAUAUUUAAUCUGACUGCACGCACCGAAUCU